AGGUGUGGUUGUGGGUUGCUGCUUUGUAUACAGUAUGUAGGUUUAUAAAAGGGAUGCCACAGGCGGCUCCAGAGACGCUUAUACAAUCUCCCCCUGUCUCUCUGAUAGAGAAUGGCACAAACAGGUCCUCUGGAUAGAGAGCAAUUGUGCUGCUCAAUUUGUCUGGAGAUACUGAAGGAGCCAGUAGCUCUUCCCUGUGGACACCGCUACUGUAUGGGCUGUAUCAGGGCCUGCUGGGGUGAAGAUGACUCCUCUUACAUCUUCAGCUGUCCUCAAUGCAGACAGACCUUCACUCCAAGACCAAUUCUGAAGAGAAACACCAUUUUGGCUGAGAUGGUGGAGAAACUGAAUACAGGAGGACUCCAAGCUGCACCCUCUGGUCAACGCUGCCGGUAUGCUGGAGAUGUGGRGUGUGAUAUCUGCCUCGGUGGUCAGAUCAAAGCCACCAGAUCCUGCUUGGUGUGUCUGGCCUCUUACUGUGCAGCUCACCUCCACACUCACAACAAAUCUCCUGCCCUUAAGAAGCAUACCCUGGUUGAAGCCACCAUGCCACUGCAGGGGCGGAUCUGCUCUCAUCACGAUAGACUACUGGAGAUCUACUGUCGUACUGAUCAGCAGUGUGUCUGUCUGCUGUGUGUGAUGGAUGAACACAGGAGCCAUGCUACCGUCUCAGCUGCAGCAGAAAGCACCAAGAAACGGAGGCAGCUGGGGAAGACGAGGAAGAAAUCCAAACUGAGAAUGCAAGCCAAAGAAAACGAACUGCUGGAUCUGAGACAGGCUCUGCAGUCACUAAAGCACUCUGCACAGACAGCAGUGGAGGACAGCCAGAAYAUCUUUACUGGGCUGAUCUGCUCCAUAGAGAGAAGGUGCUGUGAGGUGAGAGAGCUGAUCAGGGCCCAGGAGAAGACUGCAGUGAGUCAGACUGAAGGGCUCAUACUGAGACUGGAGCUGGAGGUGGCUGAGCUGAGGAAGAAAGACUGUGAGCUGGAGCAGCUUUCACACACAGAGGAUCAUAUCUAUUUUCUACAGAACUGCCAGUCAAUCUCUAAAUCGACUGAACUCACAGACACACCCAGAAUCACAGUGGUUCCUCUGGUGGAUUUUGGUCAAGUUCGAGCCUCGGUAUCAGCACUCCAGAAGAGAUUGGAGGACCUGUUCAAAGGGGAAUGGCCCAAAAUAUCCAGGGCAGCGGGCACAGUGAAACUCCUGCAGUGUUCAGAGCCCCGGAUCAGACCAGAGUUCUUAUACUAUUCCUGUCAGCUCACACUGGACCCCCGGACAGCCCACAGGGACCUGAGUGUGUCUGAGGAGAACAAGGUGGUGACAGUGAGGGCCAGGGACCACUCCUGCCUGGAGCACCCAGAGAGGUUUGAUCACUGGAGCCAGGUGCUGUGUACUGAGGCCCUGUCAGGGCGCUGCUACUGGGAAGCCGAGUGGAGCGGGAGUGGCAUCAAUAUGGCUGUGGCGUACAAAGAGAUGACCAGGAGAGGAGAGGGCAACAACUCCCACUUUGGACGCAAUGACAAGUCCUGGAGUUUGUUCUGUUCCAGAAAAGGUUGUACCAUCUGGCACAAUAACGUGGCCACUAGAAUACCCACUUCAACCUCCUCUAGGAUAGGAGUGUACCUGGAUCACAGGGCAGGAAGUCUGUGUUUCUACAGCGUCUCUGACACAAUGACCCUGCUCCAUAGAGUCCAAACCACAUUCACUCAGCCCCUCUAUCUUGGCUUUGAGUUUAUGUGUUUCGGAGUCUUCGUUAAAUUGUGCCAGAUGGAAUGAAAGUGAAAUAACAGCUGAGAGAAAGGCAUUAGCAUGUGUGAAAAUUAGUUUCAUGGUGAAGUUAAUAAUAAUUGAUAGUCUCAGAUGUCGCUCACCCCAGUUUGUAUUUGUUUAUUACUGAAGAGUUAAAGUGUAGUUUAGUUACUGUAGAGUUGAUAUAAUUUGUAUUUUGCUGGCAAAACAAAGUACAAUAUUUUCAAUGCAAAUUCUGCAAAUACCUUCUUGUGAAAUUAAAAGAAAAGUCUAUCCUGUUCCCCCAUUCUCUAAUCUGACUGUCAUCACAUCCCCAUUAUGUUGAUUUGAAAUGGUCAUAUUAAGGGCAAUAUCAAUAGCACUGACAUUUGUGUUUUUAAAACACAUUUAUUGUGGUAUGUUUUUAUCAAAAGUAUCACAAGUAACCUCAGUGGCAACAGCACAGCAGUGCGCAAAAGUCCAGUCUGUUGCGAAAUAGACAUGAACAAAUGUCAUACUGUCUCUCACGCACACACGAACAGGGCCGGAAGUUCCUUUUUCUUUGUUACACAGUAACCACACCUCCUGUAACUGCUGGUUGAACCAGGAAGUACAAUAUAAUUCCUCAAUUUUCACUAUCAAAAGAAAUCAAUACGGUUCUCUUUCUCUCUCUCUCUGGCUGUUUCUCCUGUACUCUCUGAAAUGGCACAGGCAGAGGAACUCCUCUACCAGGAUCAAUUUCUCUGUCCAGUGUGUCUAGAUGUGCUAGGAAAUCAAGUGGCUAUCCCCUGUGGACACAGUUACUGCAUGCUCAGCUAACAACAAACACUGGAGAAUGUUCCCUUAAGAGUCUCAUUAAGUCCUUAACUAACAUUUUCAUAGGAAUGUUCCCGUGCAAGGAAUGUUUCCAAGACAUCAUUCCCUUAAUGUCAAAUAGAACUCACCCAGAACGUGGUUACCAUGUUCUCAGAACUUAAGAUAUUGUUAUAGACAUGUUUAAUGGGAACGUUUCAUGAACAGUCAUGUCCAGUUUUCUGAGGGUUAAGAGAAUAUUCCAUCAACAUCCACAGAACAUGGUUGCCAUGUUCUUAGAACGUAAGAUAUUAAUGUUCUAGACACGUUUCAUGAACAUGUAUGUGUCUGCCCAAAACAUCUAUACACAUCACUGUUGCCCUGAUUAGUGAACCAUUGAUAGCUUUUUUCUGUUGGUGUUACGUUCGUCGUUAGGAGACCACGGUGCAGCGUUGUAMSCGUACAUUUUACUUUAUUAUCAAAUGACGCCAAAAAAACAAAACGAACGUAAAGCUCUG